CGUCAUUGCGUCAUGUGACCAGAGGGCCUCCGCCCCCCUCGUGCUGUUGUUGAAAAGAUGUAGUAUCGAGGUCACAGAAAUGUAGACGGGCAUUAGACUACUAGUGAGGGAGCAACGAACGGUCUCACAGCACUAACUUAAAUUCGGUCCUUUACAUUUCUGCCUUGGACAUCUCCACCGCAAAUGUGAUGCAGUCGCUCGCACAAGAAAUAAAAUCCUUCUCCAAAGCUAAUUUGCGGAAACAAUGCACCAGAGUAACGACUUUGAGCGGCAGGCGGAUUAUUGAGACAUGGAAAGGUUCCACUGUACAGGUGGUUGAGGAAACAGUACAGCCUGAAACUGCAUGUGGAUAUAUUCAGGAUAAUAACUGGGACCUUCAGGUUGGAUGUAUUAAACCAUAUCUAUUACUUGGGUCACAAGAUGCCGCUCAUGACUUUGGUACUUUGAGGAAAUAUAAGGUCACUCAUAUAUUAAAUGUUGCAUAUGGUGUGGAAAAUGCCUUUCCUGACCUGUUCAUCUAUAAAACACUGAGCAUACUGGAUCUACCUGACACUGAUAUCAUAUCAUAUAUCGAGGAGUGUGCACAAUUUAUCGACCUGGCUAAAGCUGAGAAAGGAGUUGUACUUGUCCACUGCAAUUCUGGAGUUUCACGUUCUGUUUCGGUCGUCAUUGGAUAUCUGAUGUUGAAGGAAAAUCAGCCAUUUGGUGACACGUUUGCGCUGGUGAAAUCAGCUCGUCCGGCCUCAUGUCCAAAUCCAGGUUUCAUGGAACAGCUGAAAAACUUCAGACCACAAGAUGCUACACAAGCAAACGGUUUGGGUCAUGACUGA